AUGGGAAAAAGGCAAAUAUGGGAAAAAGGCAAAUAUGGGAAAAAGGCAAAUAUGGGAAAAACGCAAAUAUGGGAAAAAGGCAAAUAUGGGAAAAAGGCAAAUAUGGGAAAAAGGCAAAUAUGGGAAAAAGGCAAAUAUGGGAAAAAGGCAAAUAUGGGAAAAAGGCAAAUAUGGGAAAAAGGCAAAUAUGGGAAAAAACGCAAAUAUGGGAAAAAAUGCAAAUAUGGGAAAAAACGCAAAUAUGGGAAAAAACGCAAAUAUGGGAAAAAACGCAAAUAUGGGAAAAAACGCAAAUAUGGGAAAAAACGCACAUAUGGGAAAAAACGCACAUAUGGGAAAAACGUACAUAUGGGAAAAACGUACAUAUGGGAAAAACGUACAUAUGGGAAAAACGUACAUAUGGGAAAAACGUACAUAUGGGAAAAACGUACAUAUGGGAAAAACGUACAUAUGGGAAAAACGUACAUAUGGGAAAAACGCAAAUAUGGGAAAAACGCAAAUAUGGGAAAAACGCAAAUAUGGGAAAAACGCAAAUAUGGGAAAAACGCAAAUAUGGGAAAAACGCAAAUAUGGGAAAAACGCAAAUAUGGGAACAUUGCAAAUAUGGGAACAACGCAAAUAUGGGAAAAACGCAAAUAUGGGAAAAACGCAAAUAUGGGAAAAACGCAAAUAUGGGAAAAACGCAAGUAUGGGAAAAACGCAAGUAUGGGAAAAACGCAAGUAUGGGAAAAACGCAAGUAUGGGAAAAACGCAAGUAUGGGAAAAACGCAAGUAUGGGAAAAACGCAAGUAUGGGAAACCGCAAAUACGGGUAAAACGCAAAUACGGGUAA